GGGGAGCAUGAGCGGGCUGGGCGGCCUCCCGGCGGCUGCGCAGGUGUAGCAUAGUGAUAUGGGUGACACGAAAGAAGCUAAAAUGCAGAUAACACCAGAAACUCCAGGAAGAGUCCCAGUCCUGAAUCCUUUUGAAAGUCCAAGUGAUUAUUAUACUCUUCAGGAGCAAAUUGUCUCCAGUCCUUCAAUCUUUAAAGCAACAAAAUCCUCAUCUACACCAGGAAAAUUUAGAUGGUCUAUUGAUCAGCUUGCUCUAAUAAAUCCUGUGGAAAUUGACUCGGAAGAUGUUCGACGCCAAGCAAUGUAUUUGAGUCAUGCUAGAAUUGAUAAAGAGACAGAAGACAGAAGGCAAAAAGCCAUUGAGGAGUUUUUCACAAAAAGACUCAUAGUUCCUUCUCCUUGGAUUCAACAUGAAGGCAAGCAAGUUUCUCAGUUUAAUUCAACUAAAUCCAUAGAUCUAAAUAGCAUUUCUCCAAUUGGAAGACAGCUGACUUUGCAGCCUGGGAAAAGCAAUGCUUCUUGUCAGACAGUACUGUCUUUGCCAGUGGAUUUUAAUCUAGAGAAAAUACUAGGUGAAUAUUUUAGAACUGAUGAAUUUGCAGAUCAGUCUCCAGAAAAUCUGAGCUCUUCAUCGCUCAGAAGAAAACUGUUUUUAGAAGAGAAUGGAAGUGUAUCAGAGUGUUUAUCCCCUUCUUUGCGUAGUCCAUGUGGUAGUCAGCAACUUGGAGUGCUUUGUUCGAUUGACAUAUCUCCAGUCCGAUGCAGGAGCCCUCUGGAAACAUCUAGUUCUGGUCAGUUUUCAUCAAGCCCUAUUCAGGGAGGUACAAGGGCUUAUAGUCUGGGAAGUAUAACCAGUCCCCCGUUUCCAGAGGGAUCUCCUGCACAUAAUGGUUCUCCUACUUUUUCACCAAUUGCUUUUCACAUAAGACAGACACCGCUGUCAGACCAAAGGCAAUUUACAUUUCGUUCUCCAGAUAUUCCUUCUUCCUCAAAUAGAAUGACACCCUCAAAUACAAGAAGUCCUUAUAUAGAUGGUUGUUCUCCAAUUAAAAAUUGUUCACCCAUGAGGCUUGGAGCAUGUCGAGGAACUGCACAGUAUCAGACUUCUGUCAUCAGAAUACCAAUUGCAGUUGAGAAUCACAGUGAGGAUGAGGAAGACAAGGAAAAUGCUUCUCCAGCAGAAGCUCUGUUCCCAGAAGUGGAUAAGGGAAUAAACGUACGUCAGCAAGACAGUGAUACUUUUGCACAUGGUACACGUCUCGUUGUAGCAACUGUGUCUAUUGCACCAGAUCACACGGAAACUUGUCAUCAAAGGUUGUCAUCAUUUCAGGCUAUAGAAGGCUCAAAGGAAAAUAAUACUGUAGAUAUGGCUGAUGCAGCUGAAGUGUCAGAGGAGAACACUUGGAUAAAAGAAACAGUUGGCAACAGCAAUGCACCAAUGACCAGUUUUAUGACAGGGAUUACUUUCAGUAUUGAAAACUCUCGCAUGUGCAUGUCACCUCUCGCAGAAAGCAGUGCACUUCCUUGUGACAGCAGUAGUAUUCAGGUGGACAGUGGUUAUAAUACACAGACAUGUGGAAGCAGCAUUAUGGAUUCUGCGGGGGCUGAAAACAGUUGCAGAGAAAAUGAUGUGAAUACUAAUGUGUUUCAGAAUAAAUCUCAGCUUCUAAGAACAAAGGAGUGUUCUGUUUUAAACCAUAAGGACCAUCAGUUGCUGAGAGCAAAAUCUCCAGAGAAGCAAUCCUGUUUCCAAAAAGCAAAAAUACAUAGUACAGUAUUUGGUCAAAAUGCAACUUGCAACAUUUCUGCCUGGAAACAUAAAAAUGAAAAUCAAGUUCAGGGAUUUCACAAAAAUGGUAUGUAGUUUUCUGAUGGAGAACUUCAGUUGUGUUAGCAAAUAAAUUUACAUAUAUAUGACCUCAUUUACCUGGAUUAUACAUACUUUUUUGCUUUUUUUAAUGUGAUUGUAAUAAAUUUGUGUAUAUUAAGGAAGUUUUUAAAAAACGUGGGGUUCUUCAGGUCUUAAUAACAAACUUACUGGUAUCAUUAAGUGAUCCUUUUGAAAAUCAAGUCUGCUAGACUUGGUACAAAGAAACCAUAGUGCUUUUUCAGAACUGUUUCAUCUGAGGAGCCCUCUUUUGAAAGUUUGGACAUUAACUUCAGCUAUAAGAGGAGUAUUUUAGACAGACUGAGCAAACGUAGGCUAACCUGCACAGGAGCCAAUGUAACCGCAAAAACACCUACAAUUUUAAGACACAACUCCUACAGGCAUGAGUUUUUUCUUUGGGGAGAGAGAAAGGGAGUAUUAGCUUUAGAUUGCCUUUUCUCAGGUCAGAUUAAUCGUGUGGCUUCAGGAAUACUAGCACUGGUACCAAGAAAGUUUACUGGGCAGACGUAAAAUGCUGGGGCUGUGAUGAGAGCAGGGCUGGGGAAGCAGGAGAGGGGAGAGUGUCUGUCAGUGUCAGCCUAAAGUAACAGUGAUGAAACUCACCUGUGACUUUCACUAGGAAAGAAUAAAACUAGAGUUCCAGAAAUGGGUCUGUGGAAUACGUGUAUGUUUUAUAGCAGAAUGCAAACUGUUAAAAUAUAGGUGUUUUGAUUUUAAUACCAGGCUAGUCCUUUUAAUUAAGAUUUCCUUGUGAACAGCUGUAUGAAAACUCCAUUUCAGUUAUGGAAAUGACGUACUUUUCCACCAUUUAAAAAUAAAAGUUUAAUUAUGUUAGUAAUGAAGUAAGGUGUACAUCAGAAGAAGUCUCUUAGCAAUGAUCAGUUUUUUCCUCAGUUUGACAGGAAUGGAAGGACAGGUGAUGCAUAUCUCUUUAUAGGAAAAUAGCAUAAUCUCUUCCCACUACAGUUCUUACUCUUAAAACUGUUUAUCAGUUAGCUUUCCAUGUACUUAAGAUUGGUUACUUUUAAAUUACAGUGUUGUUACUUUAGUAGUUGUAUUAGUACUCAUUUUGAAGUUGGUCACUUGACUCCACCAGUGUCUCCUCAGAACCCUUGUGUCCAAAUCGAUGCUCUGAUACCCUUUUAAAGGAACAUACGAAGCUGCAAUAAGGUUAAUUUCUCUGGGUACAUCCGUAAGAGAAUGGUGCAGCAUCCCUUCUGUUAAAGUAAACCAUUACACUUUUACUUCCCUCUUAUGUUUAAUUCCAAGUACUAUUAUGUUGCUUACUUAAAUUACCAAAAUAUUUAGAUAAGCAUUUAAAAAUAUACUUAACUUUUGCACGCCACUUACUGCAAAAAAUACUAAUAUAAACAAAGUCUUGAUACUUCAAACAAAACCAUCGAUGAACAAAAGUGAUGGAAUGAGGAGGGUCUGGAAGCCCAGAACUCCCUUUGCCUAGUCAAAUCAGAUGUGGAUAAAUUUGAUUGGAUUUGUUUAAAAGAACCUUCUGAAAUUUUAAAAUGUGAAUGGAGAAAAAAACAAAUCCAUAUGGUCUCAUCUUCUAGCUGUAGGUGACCAAGAGGGGAAGAAGGGUAAGGGAAAUUCUGGUAUUUCAGAGCUCUGUGUUUGUAGAGCUCUGAAAUAAACUUCCUUGGAUUAAUCAAGUCCAUUGCAGUAUGUGCUCCAGGUGAAGCAGUCUUGCUGUCUUUUCAUAGCAAGCAUAUCUAGUUCCAGAAUACUGGAUAGAGUUCUGCUUCCUAUUCUAUUCCACAACCCAAGAAGGGCUUGUACCAAAGUGAUAGACUCUAUUGGCACAAUAAGCUUGAAACAGUUGGUCAGACCUAAAUUUGAAGGCAACUGACAAGAUUUUUCAAAAAUCUCUAAAGGGAAGAUAUGAAUAGAACCGGCUGAGCAUGAAAAAGCAAUUAAUGCAUUCGACCUGAGGAUUCUGUGCAAGUAUUUGAAUAGGACACUUGAAAUAUUUUCAUUAAUAAUUAAUUCAUCAGUGAAGGCUGUCUGAAAUAUAUACUUAAAAGAAAAAACUUCUGUGCCAUAAACGAAGCAUAUUUUGGCUUUAUUUGUCACAUUGCAAAAAUAAUAAUUAAAAACAUUGCUUUAGAUUUCUAACCAGCAAACACGACAUGCGUUAUUUUUACUCAUAUAGCAAUUUAAUCAGUAUUUCUCUAACACGUAUCAGAUUGCCUGUAAUUGAACCUAAUGUUCCAAAUUAUCUAUUUCAUUAUCUCGAAGCACGGCCCUACUAAAAGCUGGAAGGACACUAAAAUCAUAACUUUCAGGGGAUGAAUUGUGUUAAAAGUAGAGAAUGAACUUACAACUUCUGGAAAAUCAAUUUACUGAAUAGGAACUUCAAAAUGAUCUUUAGCAUUAGCUUGUAAAGUUUGUAGCUCGAAAGCAAGACAACUUGUCUGAGAUUUAGAAGUUAUUUAUGACCUUGUGUCUUUACCGUUUCUUAUGAUAAUCCUCUUUAACAGUAAUCAAUUGAAAGACUGAAUUUCAGAUUUCUGGACUGUACGAAGGAUUUAUUUUUGCAAAUGUGAUUACUAGAAAUAGUACUAAUAUUGAAAGGGGAAGAUGAAAAGAAGCAGGGUGGGCCAAGUUAUGAUCUGUUUCUGAACUGUUUGGUGUGGUAUGCAUAAUUAAGAUUUGUUUUUAUUUUUAAAUUAUUUUUUUAUUCUUUAUAAUGGUAUGCUUAAUGAUCAGAGGCUUUCAAAAUAUUAAUGCAUUUUAAAAAAUCAAUCACUAGAAUGUUUACUUGUACCCUGUGUAAGCAUUUUCUUGAAGGGGGAACUAACAGCAGAAAUGGGUGAAUGUGAGAAGCAAUUGAAGAUCCCCCAACUAAAUUGCCUGUAUUGUCUGUCCUGUGUUGUAGUCCUCAAUUAGAUGAGAAUUAUUUAUUUUAUGGAAAUCUGUGUUUUUAUGUUUGUAUAAUUGUUUUGUAGGAGAAAUGUAUUGUGCAAAUUAUUGUGGAAGUCAUUUGACCAUUCUGUUUCUCUAGUUGAACUUCACGCAUUGGUUGGCACACAUUGCACAAAAGGGUCGUUGUUUACAUUAAAUUAACUUCAGUAGUUUGAAUGAGUUUUUUUCACACAUAAAACUGUAAAUUGAGUAUUGAAACAGAAUAAAGACAUCUCUUACUUA